AGCACAAGUAAAUUGAUAAUUAAGUAUAAAAGUAUGACAAUUAACAGAAUUGCCUUCUCUCUGAACAUUUACACCUUAUUUCUUUAAACGACUCAGUCUUGGAGGCUCUGCCUUUGGCUGACACCCAAGGUGCGUGUUCUAGCGAACUAUCGAAGGUUAGAUACGUCACAUAUAUCUAUAUAUUGCACUCACGGUUUACAUUGUAUUGUAGCAAAACAGGUUAUCCAGACGACUACGGCACUUACGGUAUUGUAUCGGCCUCAGUGAAUGGAGCGCUGACAAUAGGUUUCUUUUCCGGGCCAUUAAUAGGUGGCGCUUUAAUGGACCAUAUUGGCUUUUCUUGGACAACUGUCGUGUUUGGUUUACUCCAAUUUUUGUUUGGACUAUUUCUUAUAACACGACUACUGGUUGAUAAAUUUCUUGGUCAUAAAGAUGGCGUCGUUGCUAGAGGGCUUUCCAGACGAUUACCACAAGCUGAAAAUGAUUCCGCCGGACCUUCCGAAAUGGAAUAUCUCGAACAUGGUGAUCAUGUCGAGAAGGACACAGGGAAGUGCAGUGGUAAAGGAAUUGAAAACAAGGCGUUUGUUGGGUCGUCUGGCGUUGAAACUCCAAUAUUCUGUGAACCAGGGAAACUAACCAAUGAUGGACAGGAGUCCACGUCAUGUGACAUUCUCGAGUCACGCGUGGAGUCCGAAAGUUCAAGCUCUGCUGUAUCAGAACCUACAAUAAACAAUGCCGAUACUCAAAGCACACCUCCCGUUGAUCAAACUGAAGACGACACAAAAACAAACUGAGUUUGCAUGAAUGUUGUAAAAUCCUUCAAUAGUAGUUAACUUUUUUUAAAAUUUUGAUAUUCAAAUUAGUCUUCUUUCACUGGCGGUAUUCACAACAGAUGUUGUAGUGAUCCGCUGAUCAAAUAUGGCGGCCCCAUGAAAAAAGAGCCGACUUAUCCGCUGAUGGUCUCCCUACCUCCGCACGUGCCAUACAAUGGAUUAAAUCACAGCUCCUAGGUUUAAUUGCUAGACCCCUGCAAAGACGACGCGUCUGGAGGUGGGGAGACCACCAGCGGAUUAGUCGGCUCUUUUUUCAUGUAGGACCUGCCAUAUUUGAUCCGAGGAUCACUGUUGUAAAAAUUAGUGAACAAUACAACCUAUAUUAUAUUGUUGUAAUGCAAGAUAAAUAUUUAGAUCUAUUUAUUCUUACAGCAAAAUUAAACUCAUAAUGAUUAAAUAUA